GGGUGUCUUCAGCAUGUCGCUGCAUGUCAUUUUGGGUAUUCUGUGUACGUGUGCAUCCUUUACAUCUGUCGUUUGAUGCCUGAGUUUGCACAUGCCACGGUUUGUUUUGUUCAUCACUGUUGUUAUCACCCAGCCCUGAGUCGUGAGUCUGUUCUUCUCGUAUUUUAUGUCUUCCUUUGGGGGAGGGGGAAGGGGAGUUGACCAAUUGCUAGCAGCUGUUACUCCUUUCACAAUAGGGCCGCCUCUCGAGCCCAGUGUGUGCGAGUGUGACUGAGAGUUAUGUUAUUAAACCAGGCACACUGCUGCUCGACUUCACCCCUCUUCGCUUGACAGUACUUUCCCUUCAGAAGUCCUGGUGGUGCCGGGAGACUCCCACGUGUGAAAGCCGGAGCUCAAAACCAACUGAUUAACUGGCAACGACCCUCCCAACCCUUUCCCUUGAGGAGCACUUUUUAAACCCCAGUUUCAUCAAAACACUGCUUCAAUCCUUCCUCAGGAGCACGCUCAUGUGCUUACAAGGUGACCAGACGUUCUUGGGAACGCAGACUUGCAACACAAGGAAAGAAGCACGAUGACAUUCCGGCUGCCCUCGAGGCUUCUGCUGUGGUUCAUUGGGUUGUUGGGUGUCGCGUUAUUGACAUUAUUCGUGGUUUGCGUGACUACGCAGAUUCCGGUGCCAUGGCAAGUGAUGAGUCUCCAAAGUAAACAUUUCAGGUUUUUUUCUGACAAGAAUGACAGCAGUUCUUUGGAAUAUCAACCGUCUGCUGAGAAUGAACUGGACACUGCUGAAGAGCUGGGGCAAAAUUCCUUGCAGAAAUCAGAUGUUCAGAAUUCAUCAGAGUCAGGAAAUGAUGCAAAGUCUGAUCAAGCAAAGUCAAUCACAAACUCCUUAAAACCAGUGGCAAAACCCACUGAGCUGGACUUUUUUGGUGACCGGUAUGCCACAGAUGACAUUCCUUCACAAACAAACUGUCCCAACAAUAUUAGGAAGCGUGUGCCUCAGACUCAAUUUGCUGAGAUGUUUCUGCACAGUAUUCCAGUGCUCCAAUGGGCAAAGCAUUUUAGUCCAGUAGAGUACCAGCGGUUGAGUCACUACGGUGGAGCACACGGCUGGGGAAGUGUCAGUGCUGAAGUUUUGAAUAGCUCACUGGCAAUUUUAAAUACACCUGCAAAUCGGUUGAUGUUUGAUGACUGGGAGAAUAGAGCACACAGAUCCGAGUGCAUUCGCUGUGCUGUGGUGGGAAACGGUGGAAUACUGAAUGGUUCAAGGAAAGGCAAGGAGAUCGAUGAACAUGACUAUGUCUUCAGGGUAAAUGGUGCGGCUCUUACAGGGUUUGAGAAUGAUGUGGGAUCGCGGACUUCAUUCUACACAUUCUCAACCAACACCAUGCGAAACUCCAUGCGUAGCUAUGCUCGCGUAGGCUACAAAGGUCCACCUAUAUCCAAGGAAACCAGGUACAUAUUCCUGCCAGACCAUGACAGAGAUUAUAUUCUUAUGAAGGCGGCUUCCACACACACAGCAAUUGAUCAAGGCCCUGAGCGCAGCAAAAAUCCCCCUACAUACUUUGGUGAAGAUGUGACAGUAGAAAAAUUCAAAAUCUACCACCCAGACUUUAUCCGCUACCUCAGAAACAGGUUCCUGCAUUCAAACCUUCUGAAAACAGGCGCGAGAAGAAUUUACAGGCCGUCGACAGGAGCAGUGAUGCUCCUAGCUGCUAUUCAUACAUGUGACCAGGUUGAUGCUUACGGGUUCAUGACCCCUGACUACACUUUGUAUUCAGACCACUACUACGACAAACAGCGCCGUGCAGUGCAUUUCUAUGCCAAUCAUGACAUGCGAAUGGAAAUGAGGUUGUGGCAAGAGCUGCAUAAUGCCGGACUGAUCAAUCUCUUCAUGCGCCAAUAAGCACAAAUGGAUGGACGCUACACAUUGUAUAGGGUGUCUCUUAUUGUCAGAACUGAAAAACCUCUGGUAGGCGUGUGCAGGACAAACCUGAUAUUCUCCCCUCGGUAUUAGACAUAUUCGCCUUCUGAAGGAAAAGUUCAUAAAUGUUGCUCAACAAAAAACUACGUGCAGAAGCUAUGUAGUCAAUAUUUUGGAUUGAUUGUCUUUUGAGUCAGUUCAUAUGAGAGAAAUGGCUGACUUAUGUGUUUUAGGGAGAGGCCUUGUAAACAUAGAUAGUGUUCAGGAAUAACUGAAUAACUCUUGUGUUCUUGGCUGCUAUUUGUUCACACAUUGAAUCAUUUCACGUCAAGGCCGGGCAGGAUGAAUUACAUGCUUUGGGCCACGUACAAAGAUUCUGUAAUACGUGCCUUAGGACUUCUCAAACGAUGGACUGUCAUGACGUGUGAGAAACAGUGAGAGUUUAAAAGAUUCAGAGAAUCACACUAAGUGAAAAAUAAUCAACCAAAGAGAAUAAUUUAAAUGACUUUAUUUAAAAUUCUUAAUCCUAUAUUUUUAACAUGGUGUGUGAGUAUACAUGUUUCUAGAUGGUCUGUUCAAAAUUUACCUGUUGCCAUGUUGCAUCAUGUGGAAAUCAAGAAGGGUUUUCUGUUUUUAAGAUACUUUUUAUGCCUUAGGCUAUGUUACGGCUUAACUUUACUUGGAAGCUUUAAAGUGCAAUAGCUUAUGGUUCACAAGCUGUUUGAAUCAAAAUGUGAAUUUCUUUUGUGAUUUAUUUGAUCCUGCUAUGGUCUGUUUGGUCACUUGAUGCUAUCUCUUGAUUGUAUUUAACAAAUUGUUUACCAAAUAAUUUAACACUCUGGGCAAAUUAACUGGUUUGGAGAUUCACCACACUCCUGGUUCAGGAGUUCAAAUGUCAUUCCACUUUUAUAAAACGGUUAAAUAUUUUUGGAAACAGAUGCUAGUAACAAAAAUUGAAAGUUGGUCCUGCAGCAAGGCAAGGGCGUAUUUUA